AUGACUUCACCUUCCAAUGAGACCUGUGAGGUUAAGGAUAUUUCAGCCAAACCUUUCUUUAUACUGGUCCACAGUUUGGUCUUUCUGGUAGGUUUACCUCUCAAUGGCUUCAUCAUUAAGUUCUACUGUUGUCGAGGUCGAAAGCAGGCGUCCAGCAGCUUGAAAGUCUUCCUGAAGAACCUGACAGCUGCUGACUUCCUAUUCUGCCUCUGUCUGCCACUCCGCAUCACUUACUAUGCCAGAAGCUCUGGAAUAAUCCCGAGUCUCUACUGCAGCUUUGGAGCUUCGGCCUUUUUCCUCAACAUGUAUGCCAGCAUCAUAUUUAUGGGGUACAUCGCUGCCAACAGGUAUCUGAAGAUCGUCCAUCCUUCAGGAACUCGUGUCCUGCAGACAGUACGAGCUGCCCACAUCAUCUCUGCGGUCACCUGGGUUUUUCUUCUGGCUACAGCAAUUUCUUACAGCAAUCUGUAUUUGAUGACUCAGGAAUCUCUGACCUCUAACUCCAGCCGCUGUGAUCCCCUCUUUAGUGAAUCAGUCAAGUUGUUCUUUACAAUCAUCCAGGUUCUGUCUGCCAUCAUCUUCCUCUUAGUCUUCAUAUCCAUGGUCUUCUUCUACUACAGCACCUCCCGCAGGGUGUUGCAGGCACAGCAGAGGCAGCUGGCCUCCUCUGAGAAGCUCUUGAAGUCUCGUAGAAACAUGUUGCUGCUUGUCAGCAUCUUCUGUGUUUGCUUUGUCCCCUAUCACCUGGUUCGACUUCCCUUUACUUUUCUGUCAGGAAACUGCACAGUAGGUCCAGUGUUGCACUACCUGAAGGAGGUGGCCACCAUGGUCUCAGUUUUCAACAUCUGCCUGGACCCUGUUGUUUACUUUUACCUCUGUAAGGCUUUUCGGGCCAAGGUGAGAAAGUUGUCCAGGAGAGCCAACAUUCAACAAGCAAGUGAGGAGAGUGAGAACAGCAAGGAGCAGUUUGGCAUCGUUACAUCAACAGCAACGUCUCAAACCAAUGAACUGUAA